AGGAGAAUGAAGAGGAGAAGAGGCAGUUGGAGGAGGAGGAGGAGGAGGUUUCGGGGGAAACUGACUGACUGACUGACUGUUCGACCGUUGUUUUUUUUUUUUGUUCCUCUGGAGAGUCGUGUUUGAACGGUGAGCAGGAACAUAAACACACCGCCAGGAAGAAAACGGACGGAAAAAAUAAUCCCCCAGACAACGGAAAUAAGACCGAGGUUCGUCCGCAGUCUGGAGAAGGAGAAAGCAACCGAAGAGGAGCUAUUGUGUUCGGGGUCCGUGGAGGGCUCCGACUGGGGGGUUCACCCGGGAGGGGGGCGGGAGAAGGAGCCACUAGGACGCCGAAAGAAGCAGCCUGAGAGUCGGAUACUCUUCCAGGCUCGCCGCCGUGGCGAUUUAACUAUUCAGAAGAAUAACGUUAAAGCCGCGGGGGAGCCUGAGUGAAUGGGAUGGAGCCGGGACCAUCUGGAGCUGUGCCCAUGGGGCCGUACCCCCCGCCCCUGCAGCAGGUCUUCCAGGCUCCCCGGAGGCCAGGGAUGGGCACCGUUGGGAAGCCCAUCAAGCUGUUGGCCAACUACUUUGAAGUGGAGAUCCCCAAAAUGGAUGUCUACCACUAUGAGGUGGACAUCAAACCCGAUAAGUGUCCUCGUCGAGUCAACAGGGAAGUCGUGGAGUACAUGGUACAGCAUUUCAAACCACAGCUCUUCGGAGACCGCAAGCCCGUAUACGACGGCAAGAAGAACAUCUACACAGUCCUGGCUCUUCCUAUAGGCAGCGAGAAGGUGGACUUUGAGGUGACCAUACCAGGUGAGGGGAAGGACCGGAUUUUUAAGGUGUCCAUCCGCUGGCUGGCGAAGGUGUCAUGGCGGCUGCUCCAGGAGACACUAGUGAGCGGACGGCUCCAAGUCCCGCUGGAUUCGGUGCAGGCUCUGGAUGUGGCCAUGAGACACCUGGCAUCCAUGAGGUACACUCCGGUGGGCCGCUCCUUCUUCUCUCCCCCUGAAGGGUACUACCAUCCACUGGGAGGAGGACGAGAGGUCUGGUUUGGCUUCCAUCAGUCCGUACGGCCGGCUAUGUGGAAAAUGAUGCUCAACAUUGACGUGUCAGCCACCGCUUUCUACAAAGCCCAGCCCGUCAUCGAGUUCAUGUGUGAGGUCUUAGACAUCCGCAACAUUGACGAGCAGCCCAAGACCUUAACCGAUUCCCAAAGGGUUCGCUUCACCAAGGAAAUCAAAGGCCUGAAGGUGGAGGUGACGCACUGCGGGCAGAUGAAGAGAAAGUAUCGAGUCUGCAACGUGACGCGCCGUCCCGCCAGUCACCAGACGUUCCCGCUGCAGCUGGAGAGCGGGCAGACGGUGGAGUGUACAGUGGCGCAGUAUUUUAAGCAGAAGUAUAACCUGCAGCUGAAGUACCCUCACUUGCCAUGUCUGCAGGUGGGCCAGGAGCAGAAACACACCUACCUACCCCUGGAGGUGUGUAACAUCGUAGCAGGUCAGCGAUGCAUCAAGAAACUGACGGAUAAUCAGACGUCCACUAUGAUCAAAGCCACCGCGCGCUCGGCACCGGACCGACAGGAGGAGAUCAGCAGACUGAUGAAGAACGCUAAUUUUAAUCUGGACCCCUACAUCCAAGAGUUUGGGAUCCAGGUGCGGGACGACAUGGCGGAGGUGACGGGCCGGGUCCUCCCAGCUCCCAUCCUGCAGUACGGAGGCAGGAACCGAGCUAUCGCUACCCCCAACCAGGGAGUGUGGGACAUGCGGGGGAAACAGUUCUACAACGGCAUCGAGAUCAAAGUGUGGGCCAUCGCUUGCUUCGCCCCACAGAAACAGUGUCGUGAGGAGGUGCUCAAGAACUUCACAGAUCAGCUGCGCAAGAUCUCGAAGGACGCCGGGAUGCCCAUCCAGGGCCAGCCGUGUUUCUGUAAGUACGCGCAGGGAGCCGACAGCGUGGAGCCCAUGUUCAGACACCUUAAGAACACCUACUCCGGCCUGCAGCUCAUCAUCGUGAUCCUGCCGGGGAAAACACCUGUCUAUGCGGAGGUGAAGCGUGUAGGAGACACUCUCCUAGGAAUGGCCACUCAGUGCGUGCAGGUGAAGAACGUGGUGAAGACGUCACCGCAGACGCUGUCCAACCUCUGCCUCAAGAUCAACGUCAAACUCGGCGGCAUCAACAACAUCCUGGUACCACAUCAACGGUCCGCAGUGUUCCAGCAGCCCGUCAUCUUCCUGGGUGCAGACGUCACACACCCGCCAGCCGGAGAUGGGAAAAAGCCCUCCAUUACUGCAGUAGUGGGCAGUAUGGACGCACAUCCCAGUCGAUACUGUGCCACGGUUCGGGUGCAGAGGCCACGGCAGGAGAUCAUCGAAGAUCUCUCCUACAUGGUGCGCGAGCUCCUCAUCCAGUUCUACAAGUCCACCCGCUUCAAGCCCACCCGGAUCAUCUUCUACAGGGACGGCGUUCCUGAAGGGCAGCUACCACAGAUUCUGCACUACGAGCUACUGGCCAUCCGGGACGCCUGCAUCAAGCUGGAGAAGGAUUACCAGCCCGGCAUCACCUACAUCGUGGUGCAGAAGCGCCACCACACCCGGCUGUUCUGCGCCGACAAGUCUGAGAGGAUUGGGAAAAGUGGCAACAUUCCAGCAGGAACCACAGUCGACACCAGCAUCACACACCCCUUCGAGUUUGAUUUCUACCUGUGCAGUCAUGCAGGAAUUCAGGGCACCAGCCGGCCGUCGCAUUACUACGUGCUGUGGGACGACAAUCGAUUCACCGCUGACGAGCUCCAGAUUCUCACCUACCAGCUGUGCCAUACGUACGUGCGCUGCACGCGCUCCGUCUCCAUCCCCGCACCUGCCUACUACGCCCGGCUCGUGGCCUUCCGCGCACGCUACCACUUGGUGGACAAAGAGCACGACAGCGGCGAGGGAAGCCACGUCUCGGGUCAGAGUAACGGCCGGGACCCCCAGGCUCUGGCCAAAGCCGUGCAGAUUCACCACGACACCCUGAGGACCAUGUACUUCGCCUGAGAGCCUCAGGCGUGAUGAUGAAGAGCCUCGUCACCUCCCUGCGCUCGAGCCAGUACACACUACAGAUCCCACGCACCUCAACAGAACUAACACAGCAUCGUGGCCUCAUCUGGCAGGCCUGAGCCUCGUUUACCUUGUUUAUUUGUUGUUGUUUUUUUUUUUUUUUUUUAAAGUGUAUUGUUGUUUACUACCUUCACACCGUGUAUGUAUGUAUGUAUGUUCGUAUGCAAUAUGGAGGAGAAGCAAUGGCACAACCCAUCCGAAGAUCUGACUUCCAUCAGGACGCUUCGUCUCGCAUCAGUGUUCAGCGGGGAAAACAAGCGUCGACACCUUUUCGUGUGGUUUUAAUUCUUGUUCGACAGACACUUUUUUUUAUUUUUUAUUAUUGUGUUUUUAUUUUCGAACAGCCUUGAAUGAAAGAUUUUAGCACUUAGAGUUAGCUUUUAGUCACCGUGAGCUAGGCGGUUACGUCUUUGUCUCUGUACUCCGGACCGUAGCACGCCGUGGAUGCUGGAGACGCAUCGUUGUGCCCAGCGCUCUCGAGUGUAGCCAAUCUUAUUUAGACAUGCCUCCGUAGUCAGGGGCAGCACUAGCGUAACAAUAGUUAGAGUGCGUUUAUAUGGAAGUCCAAAGGGGUCAUACGUUGGUUUUUUUGGUUUUUUUUGGUUUGUUUUAUUUUGUUUUUUUCCUCUGUCUCUUGUUCUUCCUUAGAUUUUUUUUCACUCGAUCAUCUAGGCAGCUUAAGCUCCACUGUAUGCCGCAUAGAUAAGGCUAGGUAUAAGGCUAAAGUGGUAGCUAUAGAGUUAAAAGAGUAGUUCGCAAUUUCCUCCAGAGCCCAAAUGUAGUCGAUUGGCCGAAAUAUAUUUGAUGUCUGAGGUUCGCUUGCUUUUUUUAGUUUCGCACUGAUGCUCUGAGGCUAAUGUAGCUAAAACAAAUAAGGCAAGCUAAUAGCCUCCGGUUUAGCAUUGUGUAAACUGAAUGUCUAGAUCCCAAAUGGACAAAAGGACAUCACAGAUUCGAAACGAAACAAUAAGGAGGCGUGGUUAAAAGUUUAAAGGUGGGGGUAGAAGUGAUACCCUUAUAGGUCCAGCACAAAACUGAAGGAGCAAGCUUCUAAACGUGUCUUGGCUGAUUUGAAUAUAUUUGGGCUAAAGGGGAAAUUGGGUACGUUUUUAUUUUUGGACGUGCUGGGUUACACGUUCAAAUGUUUUCCCCGUGUCCAUGUGGAUUUCCUUCUGGUUCUCCAGUUGAUUUGGAUACUUUUAAUUGCCCCUUGGUCUGUGAUAGACCGGUGUAGCAUCCCGUUCGACAUCUUGGUAUUACAAAUCAGAAAGAAAAAAAAAAAACCCCACAUGGCCUCUAUGGACUUCCAUACAUUUAAGAUAAGUUACUUCUAUGUGCGCAACACAGAAACCAGCAUUCUGAACCAGCCAAAUGUGAUGCCAACCAUUCAAAGGGGCACUUAUCUUUUGGAAACGUGCAUCUGUUUCAGACAGACUGCGUCUGUAUGUGAGGAAACCGACCGUGCGGCAUUCCAACACUCUGCAGAUAAAUAACAGAGACGCAAGAUCACACACAAAUCUUUCCUUCCUAUUCCACAAGAGCCUUCCAGCAUCUCUAAACUGGUCUGUACACAAAGCAAUACACACAGCCGUGGUGAGCGCUCUCUGCUCACGCUGCACAUUCCACACUGCGAGAAGGACGUGACACACUUCCCCUCCCGCCUUCUCUCGUUCUCACACUAACUCAAAGGACACAGGAACAUGUUUUUUUUCUUUUCUUUUUUGUACCAACCAUGUAGCUACCCACCACCUUCUCCUACGUAGAAAUGCGAAAGCUCUGCCAUCAGGUCAGGUCAUGCACAACCCACCCGUCUUCUCCGACAUCCCACACACACACACACACACACACACACACACACAGCCUUAUGAUUACAAAGCCCAAGUCGCAUCCUCCCACAUAGCAGCCAUGACACACACACACACACACACACACACACACACACACACAUAUACUUACAUAUCUGCCUGGAUUUCUGCCUGAUGUGUACCAUGUACACAGGAAUUGAUGAAAUGGAAGGUUUUUUUUUUGUUUUGUUUUGUUUUUUGUUUUUUUUUACCCAUCCAUGUCAUUGUGGUUUUAUGUAUUGCAUGUUUAAAUUGUGACCGAAUCCUCAGUAACCAUGCUCCCUUCAUUUCUAUGCCGUAAAUUGUUCUUAUUAAUUGUAACUGCACUUGUUGCCCCUUGGUUGCCACCAAGGGGUCACUGUAAGGGGUGGUGGGGGGGUGGGGGGUGGUGGUGAAUUCACUUUCACUUGUUUUAGCCUCAAAAGCACCUCAAAACAAAAUGUAACAUCACACACACAUGGUCCAUUGAAAUGUCAAAGGGAUCUUGGUAUGUAACGGUUGAAUAGGUUUACUUUUUGAAACGAGAAUUAUGUUUCAGCCAACAUCAACUCGAAAUGUAUUUAUAACUUGAAAUGGCCUCUGAUGGUUGGGCCUAUGGAAUUGUGAGAGCUCUGAUCCGAUCCGAUCCGAUCCAGCAGUUUUAUAUCAUGAUGCAGUACUUAACUCACAAGUCAAAGGAGCCUCAAGUGGGGGAAAAGCCCCUUAGACCCAAAGAGAAGGAACUGGAGAUCUAACUUGACUCAGCCUCACUGUAAAAGCAAUACAAAGCCACUGCAAAAGAAACAGCCCUUAUCUGAGCACUUCCCAAUAGGCUGAUUUGGAAGUACACGUGAACAAAGUUAUUUUGGCUCUGUAUGUAAUAGUGUUGGGGAGGGUUAUUUUUUAAAAGGAAAUAAAGUUGUUUUUUAUGAAA